AAUUUUUCAAAAUGGCGGGAAGUUAGGAAAGUGUUUUGCUAAGCAGGUAAGGGACGUUACGUUAUUGUUUUGGAUUUUUUCAGCUCUUUUUGUAGCUGCCUUCUGUAGAUAAUGAGUUCAAUUUGGUUAAAAGGUGAAAAAAUGAACAAAAGUAUGUAGAGAAUUACAAGAAAAUGUUGAGGGGGAACACAAUUUUUUUCCGUUUGUCUGACGUCCGUGACUCGACGUGUACAUACACGGUUCAGGUUGUCUUCGCAACGUGUAAGCACCUGAGACGAUUGCCCAAAAAUUUUAUUGUAGUUAUUUGAGGAAGACACCUUGUUCUUUUUGCUGGUAGGAAAGUUAUCGCGCAAAGCCGUAUACCAAGUAGUGAUUUUUGUGUCUGAAAUUUACCAUUUUUUUGUCCGUCAAAAAUCGGUAAAACAAGUAAAAAUAAUUAAAAUUCUUUAAAAUAUUAGAUUUGCUGUGGAAUUGGAAAAUUUCACAUCGAAACUAUUUGUUAAGUUGUGCUCUUUCUAUUAUGAUUUUCAGAGGCAGAGUUUGUUACUUAUGUAAUUUUUAGCGGAGCUCUCGCGCGCGAAGCGCGCAGCGGAGCACCAUGGGUAAGAAAAUGUGGUAAACUACCCAUCCGAGAAAAUUUGGUAAUCACUUGACCGUACACCGACCGCCAUCCGUCCGCACCACAGGCAUAGCAAUGUAAAAUGACUCAAUCAACAGGUAUGGCAACCCAAAUGCAACUCGAGGUUAUUUUGAUGGGAAAUCGCAUAGCCACCCGCGUCUUGUAGAGCAGAAACAACUAAAGAGUCAAUAAAGAGGAAAUUGGAAAUUGUCUCUGUAUCCGUGUUUUCUAAAGUAUUACUCUUAGAUUAAUUGUCACGUCCACAAGUUUGGAAUAUAGAGCAAGAAAAACACAGAGAAAAAGAGAAAGUAGGCGUAGUGAAGCUCAACGAGAAAAAGGGCGACAGAGAUUUAGAGUGAGAGACAAAAAACAAAGGAGACAUUUUUUUGUUGGAAGAACAACAUGAAAAUUUUGUAACGGCGGUGACAAAAUGCUGCGACUGCCAGGCUUCUUUCAUUGGUGAAACCGGAGGAAACCUAAGUACGCGACUGACCGAACACAAACGCGCGAUGAGGAAUGGUGACGUCAACAAUCACAUUGCUGAGCACCAUUUAAAGAUGAUACAUCAAACUGACUGAGACUCUGCGACAUAUAUAACAUAUUCUACAGACUACUAUCAACGUCUUACUUUAGAAAGCUGGUUUACUAACUUAGAACAAACGCCACUGAAUCGUAGCCAACAGUUACCAGCGCCGUACAAGCGACUUAUUGACGAGAUCAAACAAAACUAACUACGAGAGAACAACUGGAGAACUGACAAUUUGACUAACAAUAGAUGACUCUUUAACUGUGACAAUAGACAGAUCGAAACACACCAAUCACUGAUUACGAGUCUUCAUAGCCAAUAACAUCACGGCUUAACUGACAGAUGACCAAUAACAUCGCGACAUAAUUGACCAAUCCGAUCAAUAACCAGAGUAUAAUACCAUCAACUGACGUGAUACAACGCACUUUGACCCUGAAGAUGACUACCGCACAGGUUGUCGAAACAUCAGUCACUGUGAACAACAACAGUCGUAUUCAGGACUACGUUCACCCAGACGAUCAAACUCAACCUUUUGAAAUGACUCCUGGGUUCAAACCUUUCACAAAAUGAGAAAUGCUAGCGGCCACCAAUGCAAGGUGAAAAUGAGCGGCAGUGAAAAAAAGUGAACGAAAAAAACGCGUAACUAAGAAGUUUCUGGAAGUUUCACGUUGUAGUCGUGCAAAACAACGGCAAAGAAGUGUACAAAAAAAGUGUGCUGCACGUGCAAAGUUGCUUUUUUGCUAAUUAGACCUAUUGUUGUUGUUCACCGUUCUCCGGCGUUGCCUUCGCCGCUUAGUAUUACAUGAUUUUAUAUUUUGUUUGAACAAACUAUAAAUAUUAUCGAGAGCUUUGCUUUUAGCCUUGGCUAAAUCUAUAUAUUAAAUGAUUUUUAAGUAAUAUAUGGUCUUGAGCCUGUCAAAACUGAUCUGAGAGCCUCCGAACCGACUCGGUCGCUGUACGCAUGAAAUAAAAAUCCAAUCACACUAAAAGUUAUUUUUCUAGAAAUAGUUUACCUAUACCUAUAUUCUGACAAGGUUUGGCGAUUUUCGAUUUUUUCAUGUUGCACACCCCAGGCGAUAUUUACGGACGGCCGCUCUUAAGCCCCAGUUACCUGUACCAGUAACUUGACACUCUACGGUUGCACUGCACAAGCAACACAUACCUGUAAUACCACAGUUUAAGUCAGCCCAGGACCACUCCACCAAGUUGUGUAUAGGGAUGCUCUGUGCAAAGGCCCUAUCUAACCCUUGUCCUUUUUGAUACGCACCACUUUUCUUAUAGCUCAAAAACAGUUCCAUCCAGUAGUUCAUGACAGUAGAUUUUCUAGCUGGCCAAGUACAAGGGUCCAGGCAAGUCAUCCUCUUAAAAAACAUAAACUAACACAAGCAGGAAGUGGCCCUGGGCAAGCAAAAUCUGAGGAGUGCUUACCCACAGUCUGGAAUUCUUGGAAUGGUGACCAUUUUGAAAAAAUUCCUUUAAGUCUAAGGUCUCAGUAUCAAAAAAUAACAUUUUUUGUUUCUAGGACGAUGAAUUGAAUACCUGCGUACUCGAGUUGAUAAUAGUAAAAUAAACUAACUGUGAAUGGAACAUGAUCAUCUGGAUGAUUAAGUUGCAAUGUUCAUUGGGCCUCUGUCAGUUAUGCCGUGGUAAUAGUAAUAAUAAUAAUAGUAAUAGUGUUAUUAUUAUUAUAAUCAUAACUAUACAAAAUUUGCAAAUCUGAUUGGCUAUCAACUGCCCUGAUUUCAGCCUUAAUAGGACAGUUUAACUGGACAGUACGCAUCAUGCCUGGAUAGUACGCGCCAUCACGCGUGCGCUUAAAUGGCUUUUUUUUUUCACUGCUAGCAAAAAUCUUGGAAUUUCUUGUGUUUUGAUUUUAAAAAGAGCUUUAUAUAUCCCAAAUUUUGUUAAAGUUAUGAUUAAUUGGUAACAGAACCUUGUGUCGUCCAAUUCGGUUUGUAAUCAUACUCGUGAUUAAACAAGUCGGACUCCCGCUAUGCAGUCAUCCAAUGUUGUUAAUCACUCGUAUGAUUACAGACCGAAUUGGACUCCACUCAGUCCUGUUACCAUUACUAAUCAUACUCGUGAUUAAACAAAUCGGACUCCCGCUACACGGUCAUCCAAUUUUGUUAAUCACUCGUAUGAUUACAAACCGAAUUGGACUCCACUCAGUCCUGUUACCAUUACUUAUUAUUAUAUUAUUAGGAAUGUUAUUAUUAUUAUUAUUAGAAAUGGUAACAGGACUGAGUGGAGUCCAAUUCGGUCUGUAAUCGUACGAGUGAUUAACAAAAUCGGACAACCGCAUAGCGGGAGUCCGAUUUGUUUAAUCAUGAGUAUGAUUACAGACUGAAUUGGACGACACUAAGUUCUGUUACCAAUAUUUAUUAAUCAUAACUUUAACAAAAUUUGUGAUUCAAUAGGCUAUUUUUUAAACCAAAACAGAAGAAAUUCGAAAUUUUUGUUUUGCUAGCAGGGAAGAAAAAAGCUAUUUAAGUGCGCGCGUGAUGGUGCGUACUGUCCAAUUACUUAGGCAUGACGCGUACUGUCCUAUUACACUGUCCAAUUAAGGCUGAAAUCAGGGCAGUUGAGAGCCAAUCAGAUUUGACAAUUUUAUUAUAGUUAUGAUUAUUAUUAUUAUUAUUGUUAUUAUGUAUCAGUGACCUAGAUCUCAAUGUAAAAGUUUUGCACUUUGACCAGAAAUUUCUAAUGAGGAAUUAUUCUUGAUCUUGCAGCAGUAUCCAUGUCUCAGAAACAGCAAGUCAUUCUAAACACUCCUGCCAGGAAGGUCUUUGCCAGUCAAUUGCACAAUGACAGCAUCCAUGUAGAUUCCAGCAAUCAAGUCUGGCUACAGGGUAUUGUAGUGCUAGUGUCUGCAGAUGGAAAUGAUCUGUUUCUUGAUGAUGGGACGGGUAUAAUCCAAGCUAAUGGAGUUACUAGAAUUGUGAAAGAUCUCUUCAUCCAGAAAGGUGAUUACAGCACUUUGUACUCACAAUACAUUUUCAAUAGUUCUUGUUAUUUUUAGUUUCUUGUACGCAAACUGGGCAAGCCAGCUUGUGUUUGAUAUUACAAUAUUUUCCUCAAUGACAAACUGUUUUCACAGUAGUGAGUUGCUUGGAGUGGAGAAAGUAAAAAAAUUAUGUCAGAGUCAAUCAGACUUAAAGUUCCUAAAGAAUUACCAAAUAUGGUACUUUUUGCAAAAUCAUCUUAUUAUUGAUUUAACUGGAAAAAACACUCUCUUGAAGUGGUUUAAAAAAAUUCCAGUAGGUAUUGGCAUCCUAUCUAAUGGUACACACUCAGUUAAAAUAAAAUAAUGCAAAGAAGAUCAUUGAAGUGAAAGAUGCAACUUAUGCAGUUGUGAAAAGAAUACUUUAAAAAUUUAGGUUUGCCGGGGUUUCUAACUUUGUCCCUCUUAGCUAGCAGUUGACUUGCUACAAGGCGACCUCAUGAAUUUCUUAGUGAGUGGAGCAAGCUUUUUAGGCAGCAAAGCAGCCAAGCAGCAAGCGAGGAAGUCAUGACAGGUCGACUUGUCUUGCUUGAGGUUUCCAUUUGCGUUUCGCGCCAAAAAUGGGCCAGGGGAGUGGCUUGACUGGCAUUUGGGGUUUUAGGUUGCAAUACAAAAACAAUCAAAAGUCUGCCAGCUGAACUUCUGUAUCUGGUACAUCCAGAUGCUACCGAAAACCCUGAGAAUUACAAAGCAGUUCUUUGCUUUUACUGAAGUGGUUAAUGAUGAAAAAAUUCUUUAAUGCUGGUCUAGUAAUGUUAACGUAUCCUUAACUUGUUACAAUGUAGCUCAAAACAUGAUAACAUUUCUUGACUUUGCUAUUAUCUGGUACUGUCUUUGUACAUUUCUCCCUGUCUUAAGUUAUUGACUUAUGUAUUAUUAUUAUUAUUAUUAUUAUUAUUAUUAUUAUCUGUUACAACCAAGAGUAUUAUUAUUACUGAACUACUCAGGUCGUUUAGUUUUUAUAUUCUGAGUACCUUUUUGCCUGAUUUAGUUAAUAUUUUAUUUUGUUCUUGUACACUUUUAUGUAGUAAAUACAGUGGUUGUUAUUGUUGAUUAAAUUAUUAAUUUUAAUUUUAUUUUAGGAAUGUAUGUCAUGGUUGCUGGUCAGCUGAGGUCAAGUGUUACGAUUACAGAGUGUCUGCCCAGCAUCAGAGUGUUAAAGAUUGCUGACCUAACCAAUAAUGCACACAGUGAGGCUUUGUGGUUAACAGAAGUUAUCCAUGCCCAGCUGAAGAGAAGUGCUCCAUGAACACUGUAUAAAUUUACAUAUUUAUAAACGUUAAUCCAUUUCUAUGUAUUUCUGCAUACACUGGGAGAGAGAAAGGUCUAUGGAGCUCACAAGAGACAUGGUUUCAAACAGAUUGGUGAAAACAUUUUCAUGAUUUUGUAGAGUUUCACAUGUCCACAGGACACUGAAUCCAGACUUUGUUAGCCUGCUGGGAGCAAACUCUCUAUUUUGGGAAUGUCAUGACAAGUCGCGUGGCUUGUUUCACUUGCUAGUAUUGAAAUGGUGGGCUUGCUCACAGGUGAAAAUCUACUUGUUGCCAUGAGGCAAAUGUCUGACCAACAUUGCAAUUCUAAACAAUGAUCAGUGAGACAAUGGACACAUAAUUAUUUUAAUCUAUUGACAUAUGGUGUCUCUUGAGAAAGAUGUCACUUUGUUGUGUCAUGAAAGUAGGACAGAGAAAACGCUCCAAGUCACCACUUAUGAUAGAAUAAAGUACAUUGUACUGUAGUAGUUUCAAAAAGAAACUGUGUCAGUGAAGGAACUAAACCCCAAAAUUUAGCUUUCAGCUGAGAUGAUAUAGUGAAUUUACCACCAUAAAGAGAUUGAAAAGCUGACGUUUCGAACAGUAGCUUUCGCACUGGGAUUCACUCUUUCGAAGGGCUAGCACUAGCUGUAGAAAGCUUUCUUGCAGACGAGAUUGCAGCAACUUACAGGUGCCACACCCGAGCCCACAUUACCUGCUUUAGCCUCUGCGGGGAGGCUAUACCUGCUUGUAAAACCCUACAAUUUCAAGAAAAUGGAAGAGACAGAUUACAG